CAAGAAUUCCUCUUUAUAUUUGUUUCUUGUCGAACUGAAUAAUAAAUCUCGAUGGUGCAGAUUCACUCACGCUGGUUAAGGAUUUGGUUGUUGUGCUUGAUCGCCUAUAUCACCGCCACACAAAUCAAUCAGCAUAUGAACCCCUCGAAACAACAUCAUUAUAAUAUCGAAUAUGGGCUUUUCCAUUAACCCAGCGAUAAAAUCGAAACAGCGAGGAUCAAAUAACACACCAUUGUGACGGAUGGGGAUCAAGUCCGGGAGAUUGUCGUCGUCGUCGUGGGUGGUUGCUGGUCGUGUCUCGAGACUCCAACGAAAAAAGAGUCGUUCAAUAUUGGGUGGAACUUUUUUUGGUGUGGCCAACCGCGCAGAGCCGCAGCCUCGCUUAGCGAGCCCUAGCCUCUUUGCCGGAUUCGGAAAGGCACCCAAACCAUUUGUAUCGACUGUACCGUUUAUUUUCGGCAGUUAAAAUAGAAUUAUUUUGACAGGC